CAGCUAUUCUAGGGCAGCUGUAGCAUUUGGCAAGCGCCACUAUCGUCUUGGUAUCUCAUGUCGUAACCUGCUUUUUUAUUAUCGGUUGUCAGUGUGGAGGGGAGGAUGCGGUCUGGGUGCUGAAGGAGCAGCUCUAGGGAAGCCGACGGCAGCAGGAAUGUAUUUCAAGAUGCUCAAACUCCGGCUCCUCAACUCCAUCGCUCCUGCCUACUUCUUCACAGCCACCACGGUGACCUUUGCCCUGCAGUUUUACUUCUUCAUUCCGGCCAUCUUCGAGAACGCUGACGCCCGGAUCAACUCCUCCACCUUGCUCCACGGCGCCUUCUUCCUCUUCCUCAUCCUCAAUGCUCUGGGCAACUACGUCAUGACGAUCCGCUUCCCUGCCGCCAGCGUGCAGGACGCCGGGCCGCUGGUCUGCUCUCCGCGCUGCUCCGACCACGUGGACGCCCACUACCUGCUCAACGGCCGCCACUUCUGUAAGCUCUGCAAGAAAGUGAUCCUGAGGCGGGACCACCACUGCUUCUUCACUGGCAACUGCAUUGGGAACAGGAACAUGCGCUACUUCAUUAUGUUCUGCGUCUACACCUCCACCACUUGCCUUUACUCUUUGGUGCUGGGGGUGGCCUAUCUCACUGUGGAGUACUCCAUCUCCUUUGAGAACCCUCUCACUUUCCUCACCCUUCUGCCUCUCUCUAUUGGCUACUUCUUCCUGGGUGCAAUCCCAGGGCUGCAGUUCUUCAUUGUCCUCAUGCUGUACGUCUGGCUGGGGAUCGGUCUGACCUGCGCAGGGUUUUGCUGUCAGCAGAUCCUGCUCGUGGCCCGGGGGCAGACCUGGUGCCAGCUGAGGAAGGGGCAGGUGGUUCAGACACACAGCCCCUGGAGGAGCAAUCUGAGCGAUGUGUUCGGGAGGCAGUGGGUUCUGGGGCUCUUCCUCCCCGUGCAGACCGUGGGGCGGCUGCAGGACCACGCUGCUGAUCAAAAAGACUGCUGAACACGCCACUGCCAUGUAUGCAAGCAUUUUAUUUAUUUACAACAGUUCUCGUUUUCCGGCACAAUUGUGGCUCCAACAUAAGUCAGAAUCACGUAGAGCUCUGGCCAAAAGUUUCGCACCACCCAUGAACUCAUUUCGCUUCAUAAAGUCAAAUGAAACAUGCUGAAUUCGUACCGCUUUGUACCUAACCUAAUGAAAACUGACAUUUCGAAAUAUAACUUGAAAUACUGUGCUACUAUUAUGGCUUCCGGUAGGCUUUUGCAAUAUAAUUUGUAUUUUCUUUGAUU